CCGUGUCCCUUUGGGGAAGCAUUAGCAGCCCUGCUGAGCUCCCAACAACACCUCUGGAACCAUGCUCAGCUCUCUCCUGCGCUCAGCGCUCGUUUUGGCAGCAGUCUGCUGUCUUACAAGUGCAGAGAGCGUCAUCACCUGUGAGAACCGGAUGCAGCGACUGAGUUGUGAUCACGGAGUGGUCAGUGUGCUCACAGUGGCCUACGGACGGACUAACAGACGGACCUGUAGUGAAGGCCGGCCCCCAGGACAGCUGGAAAACACUGAAUGCUCUCAAACAAGCGCUCUGGAAGCCCUUGCAAACAGGUGUAACGGUAAGAAAGUCUGUGAGGUGGACAAAGCGAUCUUCAGUGACCCCUGCCCUGACACCUACAAAUACAUCCAAACCACGUACACCUGCCUCCCUGCACAUCAUGUCGUCGCUUGUGAGGAUUCGGAGGUGGAACUCUUCUGUGACAGCGGCCAGACGAUAGCGCUCAUUGGAGCGUUCUAUGGGCGCGCCGACCGAACCACCUGUAUACAAGGUGUUCCUGACGGGAAAUUCAAUAACAUCACCUGCUUUACUCCUACUGCGAACCAAGUUGUAACUGAAAGGUGUAACGGUAAAAGCCGUUGUAGCGUCUAUGCGGUGAACUCAGUGUUUCAGGAUGCCUGUUCUGGGACCGCCAAGUACAUGGAACUGGCUUAUAGCUGUGAAUAUCCCCUCUGAGGAGAGCAGCAAGCCUACACGACAAAUACCAACAUCUGGAGACGCAUGCCCCCCCCUCCAGCUCUCCACCUGAUGAAUGAAUCUUGAUCUUGCUUUCUGCUUUUUGCACUAAAUGAUUAUUACAACAUUCAAACUCAGGCUCUCAUGCAGUCAUGUGUGUUGUGAAACAAAGAACAUAAGUGCAUACAAGUAGGCCUUCAUAUACUACCAGUGAGAACUUUUGAUGCCUUUACCGAUCCAUUUACACCAUUCUAUGUCGAGUAGAUUGACCUUCUGAGGUCGGAGGUUAUCAAGGCCUUUUUAUUAAAGCCUUAUUAUUAAAGCAUGCUACUGUUUGGUUUCAGCACGAUCUCAUCUAUAUAGCCAGACUUCUUCCUUCCCUGAGAUACUAAUGCAACACAGUGGAUUAGUAUCUCACUUUGAAAAUCCCUUCAAAUAAAUAUUCUCUUCAAAAUGAAAAACAUAGAACUCUUAAAACCGUUAUGAGUCCAUAAAGAUUGAUCUCAGCGGUGUAGAAAUGAUCGUAUAAAAAUAUGUUGGAAUAAACUGGAGGGGACUUCCUCUGUGGUCUCUGGUAAAACGUAUAAAACGUUG